UCACCAAUUUUGCGUGAAGCCCUCGAUUCUAUUGCAUUGCAUGCCUUUGUGGGCCGAAACCAGACUCACCCUCUCUCUCUCUGCGUUUGGGUUUCUUCAGGAGCUACGAACCCUGGAAAAUCUCCCGGAAAAACGCCGACGGAGUUCUCCUUUGCCGUUAGCUCCCAUGCCGAACUCAAUGAGAAGAUGCUUCCCGAGUUUUUCGUUGUAGAGAUCCAUACCCAAAACGCGUUUCCACGUUUUUCUUCGCCAUGUCAAGAUUUUCGAUCUUUCGAGUCGUUGACCGUCACACGACUUCGCCUUUCUCGGGCCAGAAAAACAGAGUUCCAGAUUCAAGGAGCUAUAGAACAGUUGUUACUGUUCCUCUAAGGUUGUCCGGAUUCAGAAUUUAUGCACAGUCUAGGCUUCUGAGUAAAGGGCAUAGCUCAUUCACCUUGCGUGAUGGCAAAGGAAGUCUCUCUGGGAAUCUUCUCUCGCGAAGCUAUAUGCUUUCCUCUGCAAGCAAUGUAAUUACUCAUCAGGCCCAAUUCGCUUGGAAAAGGCAUCAUCUUAAAUAUUCUACCAGCUCUUGGAGUUGGCCUCGUAUAAGCACGGUGGCUCAAGCGGUCAGCUUGUCGCUAACCCGCUCACAUUUUCUAGUCCCCGGUAUCUUUGCUUUCGCAUGUGGACAAGUAGCAUUGGCGGAAAGAGCUAUGGGUCCAGUGUUAGAUCACUAUCCUUUCCAGAAUUCUUUGUAUAUGACCGCCAAGAAUGGCUCUAUAUAUCUGAAUUCUCUAAUGCUUUCGGUAAUAGAGGGCAUUAUCCUGAUUGCGAGAGCAUUCUAUUUAGCUGUUCUGUUCUCUCCGAGUGUUAUGCUUGCACCCUUUUCCGAUAUCUGUGGACCUCGUUUCAGGAAACUAUGGCUUGAGAUUGUACACCGUACUCUAGAAAGAGCAGGUCCUGCUUUUAUCAAAUGGGGUCAAUGGGCGGCCACACGACCUGAUCUCUUCCCGAGGGAUCUGUGUUUGCAGCUCUCAAAGCUUCACAGUAAAGCACCUGAGCACAGCUUUGCCUACACGAAGAAAACCAUCGAGAGCGCAUUUGGCAGAAAGCUCUCUGAGAUAUUCGAGGAUUUUGACGAGGCACCAGUUGCAUCUGGGAGUAUUGCCCAAAUUCAUCGAGCUUCUUUGAGGUUUCAGUAUCCAGGACAAAAGACGAAGAACCCUACAGUGGUUGCUGUCAAAGUUAGACAUCCGGGUGUUGGUGAAUCGAUUAGGAGAGACUUUGUGAUAAUCAAUAUGGUGGCAAAGAUAUAUAACUUUGUUCCAGCUUUGAAGUGGUUGAGAUUAGAUGAGAGUGUUCAACAGUUUGGUGUUUUCAUGUUGUCCCAAGUUGAUCUAGCAAGGGAAGCUUCCCAUUUGAGUCGCUUCAUAUAUAACUUCCGUAAAUGGAAGGACGUAUCUUUCCCAAAGCCCGUAUAUCCGCUGGUACAUCCUGCUGUUUUAGUGGAGACGUAUGAGCAGGGAGAGUGUGUUUCACGCUAUGUCGAUGACAUGGAAGGGCAUGAUCAGAUCAAAACUAGGUUAGCCCACAUUGGAACUCAUGCUCUACUGAAAAUGCUCCUGGUGGAUAACUUCAUCCAUGCUGACAUGCAUCCUGGAAACAUCCUUGUGAGGAAGAAGGGUUCAAGUGGAGGCCUUUUCAAUUUCAAAUCAAAGAAGCCUCACAUCAUUUUCCUUGAUGUGGGAAUGACUGCUGAACUCUCGAGGAAUGACCGAGAGAACUUGCUCGAGUUUUUCAAGGCAGUUGCGCGUAGGGAUGGUCGGAUUGCUGCUGAAUGCACACUUAGAUUAUCGAGACAACAGUCUUGCCCGAACCCACAAGCCUUCGUUGAGGAAAUGGAAGAAGCAUUCAGAUUUUGGGGAACACCAAAAGGAGAUUUAGUCCAUCCGGCUGACUGCAUGAACGAAUUACUCGAGAAAGUAAGACGACACAGAGUUAACAUUGACGGAAACAUCUGCAGUGUAAUGGUCACGACAUUAGUUCUCGAGGGUUGGCAAAGGAAGCUGGAUCCAGGGUACGACGUAAUGCACACCCUGCAAUCGAUGGUUCUUAAAUCCGACUGGGCCAAGUCUCUCUCUUACACUAUGGUUGGGCUGAUGGCUCCAUAGAAGAAGAAGGAGGAGCAGCAGCAGCAGCAGCGCUUGAUUUC